UCUCAUCAAAUGCGCAACAAGAGUCCAGGGACCCGUCACCCAAGUUUUUCAUUUACCCAUCAAAAUACAUUUUAUCACUCAACACUGCCAGAUUAACUCCAAUAAACCACCGUCUGCACGGCUGACAUGAUAUGAAGACAGUCAUCAGCCGGACCUUUUUGCUGUGAGCAAACAAUGAGAGAGAGCCCAAGGAGACCCAUCAUCCUGAAGAGGAGGAAGCUGCCAUUUCAGAAGAGUGAAUCUGAUGCAGGGUACGAUGAGGCCGAUGGGCCGCGCUGCAAGACCACCCUGACCCCGUCCACCGCCCGCUGCUUCCCCGAUGGCAUCCGCAUGAUGGACCACCCCACCAUGCCGGACACUCAGGUGGUGGUGAUCCCGAAAGCAGCCGAUCUGCAGAGCGUCAUCAGUGCCCUGACGGCCAAAGGCAAGGAGUGUGGCCCUCAGGGCCGAAACAAGUUCAUCCUGCUCAGUGGCAGCACCAGUUUGGAGGAGAGCAAAACCCUCGGGUGUCUAUCUACAGAACCCAAGGGUGAUCUCAAGAAAGUGAAACAGGAGACGGAGUGCUUCCCGCUUGAUGACAGUCUGACCAACAUCCAGUGGCUGGGAAAAAUGAGCUCUGAUGGGCUCGGAUCGGAGUCAAACCAAAAAUGCACCAGCAAGGACAAUCCAAGUGACUGUCAUCAGCAGCCCAAAGCUCCAGAAAAGGAGAAGGACCCUCUGUCAGAGAGACCCCCAUAUUCCUACAUGGCUAUGAUCCAGUUUGCUAUCAACAGCAAGAAGAACCGACACAUGACCCUGAAGGAAAUUUACAACUGGAUCGAGGACCAUUUUCCGUAUUUCAGAAAUGUUGCCAAACCCGGAUGGAAGAAUUCCAUACGUCAUAACCUCUCACUACAUGACAUGUUUGUCCGGGAGACAUCUCCCGAUGGCAAGAUCUCCUAUUGGACGAUUCGACCGGAAGCAAACCGCUGUCUUACUUUGGACCAAGUUUACAAGCCUUUGGUUGACCCAGUGACCCCCACUUGCCCUCAGAUCCCACAAGUUGGUUUCAAUAAACAACAGAAGAGAGGUCCUCCGGAGCUGAAGAAAGUCAUACCUGCCACGGGCGGCACAGAGAGGAAGAUGAAGCCGCUUCUGCCUCGGACUGACUCGUACCUGGUUCCCAUCCAGCUUCCUCUGGGUCAGUCGCUCUUCCUGCCCUCCUCCAGUCCUGCGACUCUCGCCACUCCUCCACACGCUCCGAGCUCCUCCACUCCCAGCUCCAGUGGUGCGAGCAAGAGGGUCCGGAUUGCCCCUAAGGUCUCACAGAGCGACGUGAGCUCGGUGAUGCUGUGUGCGUCCACCUCUCAGGACAUUAAGGAGGAGCCUGUGAGCGUGUCUGUGACUCCCGAAGCUCUGCCCUCCAAAACCAGACAGCAAGAAAACAGCAGCUCCCGCCGCAAACAGCGUCUAGUCCUGCCAGCCACCGAGGAACCCGUCCUGCUCUACCCCAACAGCACUCUCUUCGACUCGGGCGUGGUCUCCGACGUCUCCCCCUUCCAAGACACUCACGAUCCGGAGCCCCAGCCCUCCUGUAAACCCGACCCUGACAGCCCAAACAGAGAAUACACUUUUAAAACGCCCAUCAAGAGCAGCCACCCUUCCUCGUCCACACCCAGUAAGCUUCCCGCAGUUCUGGAGCCCUGGAGGAUCACUCCCGUCAGGAAGGGAGGCAUGCUGGACUUCAGCCCCAUCCGUACACCCAGCGGGCCACAGCUCACCCCGCAACGGCACGAACACACGCCUUUCAGCUUCAACAGCACGCCUUUCAAAGAGCUGCCGCUCUUCAGCUCCCCUCGAGAGCUGCUCACCUGCUCCAGACCCUCUCCGAGACGCUCCACUGCGACCUGCUCCAGAGAGCUGCUACAAGAGUGCGCCGCCAACCGCUCUCUUACCGAAGGCCUCGUCCUAGAUACCAUGAACGACAGCCUGAGUAAAAUCCUAGUGGAUAUCAGCUUCCCCAACCUGGAAGAUGAUGAUCUCGGCAUGGCAAACAUCAGCUGGUCCCAAUUUAUCCCAGAGCUGAAGUGACUCCCAUUCCUUUAUCCGAGCUGCUCACACUUCCUUCACUGCCUUUGAUUCUUAUUUACUUGCUAUUGAUCUCUUAAGUAUUUUCUUCAUUUCUGUUGCUAUUUCACUGCCUUCUACUGUACAUGUUUGUGUUUUGAAUGUGUAGGCCUUUAUUUGCGAGCAAAACUGUUAGUGACGAAUGUACUUAGAUAAGAUUCAUUUGCACAAGUUGUAAUAUAUAAAUAUGAGUGCGUGUGUGUGUGUGUGUGUGUGAGAGAGAGAGUGUGUAUUAUAAGUGAACAUACAGAUUUACCAGAUUAAUUAAAUUACACUACCCAAUUUUACAGUAUUUCUUUGUUUUGGAAUGAUUUUGAACACCUUGGAUUAGCCAGAGAGACUGACGGUAAAAAUAUUUUUAAGAGAACUUGGGGUGUAAAAUAAACUCGCAUUCAAAUUAAAGGGAUCACCCAAAAAUGACAAUUCUGUCAUUUACUCACCCUCCACUUGUU